AGCAGAAGCGGUCAGUAGCUUGUUGCUAGCUACUCUUGUUGCCGCAUUUCAACUUUGUCAGCGACAGUAAAAAUGAACAAACUGAGUGGACCACACGAGUUUGACUCGUAUGAUAUCGAAGAGCCGAGCGAUGAGGAGAGAGCUGAAAGCAGUUCAGAGGAUGAGCUGGACGUGCUGCUGAACGGGACUCCAGAGCAGAAGAAGAAGCUGAUCAGAGAGUAUCUGACAGGGGAAAGUGAGUCAUCCAGCGGGGAUGAGUUUGAGAAGGAGAUGGAGGCGGAGCUCAGCUCCACCAUCAAGACCAUGGAGGAAACCUGGGGACCGUCAUCAGCAGAGACCUCAGGGAACCGAGGAGGAGGAGGAGGAGGAGGAGGAGGAGGAGGAGGAGGAGGUCCUGGACUUUCUAAUUCUCGAAUGUAUGAUCAGGUGUACUUUGACUCAGACUCAGAGGAGGAAGACACACCAAGUAGCUCCACUGGCCAGAGGCAGAGACAGCGGACAAUACCGACCAAUGACGAGCUACUGUAUGACCCCGACGAAGACGACAGGGACCAGGCCUGGGUGGAUGCCAGGAGGAGACGGUAUGUCAGCAGGAAGCGACCAGCCGCGGCAUGUCGAAUGCAGCCUCGUCAGGCUCAGGGUUUACCCAGCAGCGACGCCGUCCUCAACUGUCCCGCCUGCAUGACGACGCUCUGCCUGGACUGUCAGAGGCAUGAAAAGUACCGGACGCAGUAUCGAGCCAUGUUCGUCAUGAACUGCACGGUGAAGAAAGACGAGGUGUUACGAUACAAAACGCAGCAGGACAGGAAACAGAGGAACAAGAAGAAGAGGAGAGGACAGAAAACAGAAACGCCAGCGGACGAAGUUCCCAACCCGAAGCCGGCGGGGAUGGACGCCGAUGAGCUUUACCACCCGGUUCAGUGCUCCGAGUGCUCCACUGAGGUGGCCGUGUUCGAUAAAGACGAGAUCUACCACUUCUUCAACAUCCUGGCCAGCCACUGCUGAGACAGACAAGUUUUUAUAAGGCUGAGAGGGAAGAAUCCGGCUGUGGUCGCUCUGAGUGCAUCGAUCAAUCGGCCAGAAUCUGCUCAUAAACGCUCCAAGUCGAUCACAUGGUCAGUGUUUUCACUUGCCUGAUGAGGAGAAAGGGAUUCUGGAUAUCAGUGGACUGUCAGCGGUGCAUCGCUUGUCUACUUAAGAGCCCAGUACUGAUACUGGUAUUUAACAAGAACAAUGGACAGACCUUCUGUUAACACUUUCCCAUAACCCCCCAUUCAGCAUUCAUUGCUUAAGUGGUUUAGAAAACACUAUAAUGCAGUUUUAAGUGUUUAUUAAUUUCUUUUUCAACAGCUAGAACUCCUCCUGAGGAGCCUGUAAGUGGAGGCUGCUGUGUAAACACAUGCUUAAUGACAAUAUAGUAAAACACAGUUGUAAUGACAUGAAAUUUGUCUUCACAGGAGAAGUUUGAAUUGUUGACAGAUAGUGUGCAUCAGACACUUUAAAAUGUCUUGAUAUCUGCUUACAACUGCAUCAUAGGUUCUCAUAAACCACGCAACAAAUGGUUUGUAAGAGGGAUGCAGUGAAAUAUUAGCAGCUCGCUAUCGUUUGUUUUCUUUUUAAUUUGGACCAAGACGUGCUGUGAAGGCCAUUUAACAGUUGCAAAUAAACUUGCCAGUGCUUUCUGUUGAACAGUGUUUCAUUUGCUCAGUUUUUGUAAAUAUUUACCUGCUUACAUAUACUUCCACCAACACAAAUACAGCUGCAGGAA